AUGGCGACAGCUCAUGCAACUCACCUUACAGCAGGACCGAUGGCAUCUUCCGCAUCAAUAACAGCCGAUGAGGUACGGGAAUAUGAGAGGAUUCUGAAAAUCAGCGAUGAGAUUUUCUCGGGGUCACACCCCCGUCUCAAGGUGCCCCAAAAGUUUGUGCGCAAGCCGAAGGGUCAACCAGGCCAGAAUGGUCAGUUGGCCCAACAGACACUGAAAAGCAAGCCCAUGGUACCAGAGCCUGUACCUCAGAUCGAUAAUUCCCGCCACCCUCAAAAUAUUCAAGCGAAAACUCCAGGAAACGCGUCGUUUCCUGCCACCGCCAGUGCAACACCUGCUCGCGUAGCUGCGAAGCCCUCGUCUGAAAUCGAUCCCAUAUUCUUGACAAAAUCGGAUGAUUUAGUCAGGGCGGAGCUUCAAUUACAACGGCAGAGGGUGGAAAGAACACUUCGUGAUCAGCUGGAACAGAAAAAGCAGGAUCUAAAGCAGAAACCCUCAGUUCAGGACACAAAACCGAAUUUUGAUGUUUCAGAUGUGCUGAACAGGGCUCUCGAGAUUGUGAAGCCUGUCUCUCUGAGCGAUCCAUCGGAGAAUUCGUUUGAUGAAAAUUCCUAUUACUCCAGUAAAGCACCUGACUCGCCGCCUGCUGUUGGCGAGCAUCAAGACCCAUCUCCUGUGGUCCCGGCUCGGGCACUGGGUGCCUCCGCAGGGGCUUCGGUAGAGCAAUUUGCAGAUGAGUUACAGCGACUUGAAACUCUGAAUAGGACUGGAUCCGAUCAGGAAAUGCAAGAUGCUUACUCUGUUGCUGACCAUCGCAUCCCCCAUCCCCAGAAGCAGCUGCACCCAAACCAAACCGAGGCUAGCCGGCUCCAUAAAGCACAUCACAUUGAUCCCCUGGAGGAACCUGAAUACUCGCCUCCUGCCCCAGUGGCCCCGCCGAUUGACCACAGGGAUUAUCAGCGAGAGGCAGCAAACAGCCAAGGCAGAGCUAGAUACGCAGAGCAGCCUCGAGAUGUACAAGCACUUCCCAAUGGGCACAAUGUCACUGUAGUCCGAAACCAUAUCACAUCCCCAGCAGCUCCUCGACCGUCUCGUGUCUCACCAUUGGCAACUCAAAAGCUCCCUGCAGUCCAACAAAUCCGGGACGAACGGUUUGAACAUGUGUUAGAACGUGUUUAUUCUGAUCCCGAGUCUGGCCGGGCCAGUCCCAAUGGCCCGGUCUCGCAGCCCAUUUCUCGAAAGCGAAGAAGACAGGAGAAAGGACAAGACGUUCGUGUGUCAUACAAGAGACAGAAUGCUGAUUCUUCUGAUGCCUACAUUAAGGAAGAACCAGUGUCACCGCCACCUUUCACUGAUGACCAUGCUAUUUCGAGAAGCCGCCAGCCUCAGGAACAGCCUGUGUACAUUGACAUCUCGUCCCCGGGAUAUAAUCCCGUAAUUGAACGACGCGAACUGUCCGGUCGAGGACCAGUAUACGAGGUCGAUCAAUAUCGCGAGGUCCCCGUUGAACAAGGUCCACCACGGACCAUGUCUCGAGUUAGCACCAGACGUCCAGUUCUUGACGAUCCCAACCUGCGACGAGUCGCCAGUAUGCAGUACGCGAGACAGCCUGAGUAUUCUCAAGGGUACAUCGAGCACGACCCCCGUGACAUCAGAUCUGCAUCCUACGCAGUAGUUGAGAGGCGCCUUCCAGAACAAUCCAGAUACUACGAGGAGGUUCCGUCUUAUGGACCACGUUAUAUCGAGGUGGACGAUCAACCGCCACCCACCUACCGACCCCAGUAUUACGAGGAACCUCAACCCCCGCGGGCCAUGCCGCCGCCCCCGCGCCGGUAUUUCGUGGACGAGCAUGGCAACGAGUAUGAAAUGGUACCAUCUCGAAGAACACAAACCAUGGCACCACCACCUCGUCCAGCAUCUCGCGCUCCCCCUCCACAAGCCGAGAUCUACGACGACCGUGCUCCUAUCCGCACUGCCAGUGUUCGUGCUCCAUCAAUUGUGCAAGAACCUUACAUGGACAACCGAUAUAUUCAAGAGAUGCCACCUCCCCAACCGAUCUACAGGCGCGUCCCCAGUGACUACGCUCGGCCCAUUGCUGGUGAACGACAGACUUACGUCGCGCCCUUGGAAGGACAUGAGCCAUAUUCCCGUGCUGGUAGUGUGCAAGUUGCCGAAUAUAUGCCUCGCCGUCAAAAUUAUGUAGAAGAGCACUCUAUUCCCCAGGAAAGAGUGAUUCGCACCGCUAGCGUGCGACCCCAACCUCAUCAGCAUCGAUAUGAGGAGCAGCCCCAUGAAAUUAUACAGCGUGUUGGAAAUUCCCGCCCCGCUGGAGCUAGCCGUGAGGUCUACAUGGAUGAAAGACCCAUGGGUGACUAUGUUGAGCGACCCUACUACGUCCGAGAAAGACGUUAUUAUGAAGGUGAUGAUGGAAAUCGCAUGGCGUUGGAUGGAAAUACGGAGUCUGUGCAUCGUGCUCCUCAGCAUUACUAG